UUCUGGGCGGACAAGGGCACCAGGAGGAUUGAGCGAGCGGCGCUUGACGGAAGUGACCGGAAGUUGCUCGUGGAUAAAGAUCUGGUGUUUCCCAACCAGAUGGCAGUCAGUUACCCCACCAGGUGCGUCAAAACACUGUCAAUAAUGUCAUGUCAUUUGUCACAAGGGCGUAUGUAGCAAGGAUAGUGCCAAUUGUCACAAGGGCGUGUGUAGCAAUGAUAGUGACAACAGGGCAUCCUUUACGAAAGUUGUCCCACAGACGGGCCAGUUACCCAAUUGAGAUUCAGGUAGAAGGGAGCAUCGACAAAGUAGGCUCCUGACCACACCACUGGUGGACGGUGGCUUUGACUGCCUGAAAUGAUGAUAAUUCUGCCUGUUAAGAAUUGGACGUCCUAGACACAAUCAUGAUUGUAAAAGGAUCAUUCACCCAAAGGCUCUUCGAAAACGAAGUGUUAGUAUCACGUGCGUGAAGGUGUGUCGUUGGUAAGAUGAAAGUGUGUCGGUGGUAAGAUGAAAGUGUGUCAGUGGUAGACCAUAUUGUGAUAUUGCAAUUUAGCUCAAGUUUUGUUGUCAAAGUAUUCAGGACAAUGUAUGUCGUUCUAAUUCUUGAAAUUUGUAUUAAGGAUUAUGGGCAAGACCAUUAGGAAGUAUUCCGUUUCCUCAUGACAUGCGCACUGUGAGCAGUCAGAUUUGAUUUUGUUGAAAUGACCGGAUUGCCGUAAAACUAACCAGACGUGUUUUUUUCCUUGUAGGAAGCUGUACUGGGUGGAUUCCAAGAGGCAGACGAUCAUGUCAUGCGAUAUCGAAGGCGGUGACGUCACAAAAGAACGAGAGCUGGUGGAGACCUCUCAGGGGAAUCCUGUCUUCGGCCUCGUCGUCAUUGGCAAUACAGCUAUUAUUAGCAUAUGGCGAGUAUUGGAUUGGACUGCCUAGCAGACAACCAGUCACUUUUAAACGAAUUGAUCUCAUCAUAAUAUACAAAUAUAACUGAGCUCGUCUUAUAAAAAUAAUAAUAAUAAUCUUGAGUUAAUAUUUCUAGUGUUCAGUAAAAUAUUUUUUAUGACGUGGAACGCACAAAUUUUGUAUUUAAAUACUAGUUGGUACACCCGUAUUUCAACGGGAUAUUGGGGGAAAUAUCAUUGAAAUGAUUUGUGGAAAUUAUAAAGCUAUAGAACUAUGGCAAGUCACGUGACAUGUUUACUUUCUCGGCGUGACAUGUUUACUUUCUCGGCGUGACAUGUUUACUUUCUCGGCGUUAGCUUUGGAAAAAAAAACAUUAUUGAAAAAUACAAAUAUUUGUUUACUCUCCAGCCUCUUUGGAAUCGAUUUUUUUAAAAAGGGUAAUGUUGAUGAAACAAAUCCAUUCUUUUAUUCUUUUGAUUAUUUUAUAAGAGUUUAUUUCCUGUUCAGGAUUCUCACGUUUUUUAAAUUGUGUUCUAUUUUGGCAUCUGGGUCAGGAACGCUGGAACACUCUUAAUACAUCAGCAGAGUUAAAUUCAUACGAUAAAUGUUAGAUAUAACAUGUUUUCGAGAAACGCAUUUCCAGUUUUCUUAAAAGAUUCAAACAAAGUCCAGUUAUUAGUUUUUGUUUCGCCUUGCAUGACAUUCCACAGCCGUUUCAAAUGUAUAUAUCAAUACAUAUAAUUCUCUAGUUAUGAAAGAAAGCACAGUGUAGUGGUGAGUUCAGUAGUGCGCAAGGUAAAAUUCCUGAUUACUGCGUUAAAGGAGAUUCUUGAAAAUACCGCAUGGUCGUUGGGUGCGUAAUCUUUUCUUUUGUUAUGGGCUCGAUUUAAAUAUGAUGUCAUAAAUUUGCGGUGUAAAAAUGGGUGGGGUAUCAGAAUAUUUAUAUAAUUCAGGGGCGUGAAAAAAAAAUUGUGUGGUGCCUUGCUUUGGGGGUGGAGGGGUGUAGCAUGAAUUGGGAUUCUUAAAAAGAUGCGUUUCUUCCGUGCCUGUUUUGUCAAGCGACUUACGUCUAUGGCAUUGCCGCCACCAUUGGUUGGUGGAUUCUAACCAGCAUAACAUAGAUUUAGUUAUUAAGGUAUAAAGGUUUGUUUGUUUGCUUUUGUUGUUCUAUUCUCUAUCGGCUAGAGUCUAGCCCCCCCCCCCCCCAAAAAAAAAAAAAAAAAAAAAAUAAAUGUGACUAUUAUUUGUAUAAGACUGUAAGAGAUAGACGAUGUAUUUUAAAAAUCGUCAUCAUCAUAUCUUGACUACAUCCUGUUUCAGGUACACUACUAGGAUUGCCUCUACCUAUGUGGCUACACGGGAGUCCUUGUGGACCAAAGAAAUGGUGAUCACAACAGGAACGGAGCUCUACAGCCUGGCCUCGACAGCUUCCGCCAUACAACCACCCAGUAGGUCGUGUUAAUAAUAUAGUUUUUAAUGCCACAAAUAACAUCUGGCAGUUGUAACACCUGUUUUAAAAGUUGUUUUUUCCCCCUCUGGUAAAUAGAAUGUUUAACUCGACCCAUGCCGUCAACAGACAGAGCUUGGUAGUUAAAGAAUGUCUUGCCCCGGAAAUAGUUUUAAAAAUGUUUAUUUUUUGCCGUUUGCCAGGUUUCCACCCGUGCGGCCAAAGUGACAGAGGGGGGUGCACACACCUCUGCCUGCCCAUCCGUGGGACCAGCUACAAGUGCGCAUGCCCGUCUUACGGCGGCCUGGCUCUAAGCUUCAACGCCAAGAGCUGCGAAGGUGAGACCUAAUGUGUCCCACGUAUCGGAAAACAAUGGAUGCCUUAUCCAGCAUGGCCGCCGGGGCUGGGUUAGAGUAUCCCUCCACAGUGGCAGCUGUCAUAGAUAUAGAAUACAAUGGUGGCUUACAUCUGGUCAAUGAUUUAAGUCAGGGAAUCUUAUGCCUUUAAUACCAGCCCCUCAUUAUUAUUGAAAAUUUACAACAUUGCUCAAACGAUAUUCCCACAUGUGUGUCUUACACACACACAAACACACACAUACAAACACACACACACAACUGACCCAGGCAAUCUGCUGUGACGAGCUACACACGUGACACACACACACACACACACACACACAGAAAGAAGAGAUUUAAAUUUAAAAAAAAACAACAAACAAACAAAUACAAUUCUUAUUAAGUAGCUCAAAUCACUGCUUAAAAUGAAAACAUAGUGUCUGUCAACAGUUUAAAAAAGACGACUGUAUAAAUUGUAUAAAUUGUAUAAAUUGUAUAAAUUGUAUAAAGAUCUGUUGCUCACCACCGAUGGGGAACAACUCAGAGUGUGUUUCCGGACGUGGUAGGAGUUGUCUUCACAGAUAUCAGCGGAUGUGACUAAUGGUAUGGUUUGUUUUGUUGAUUUUUUUUUUACCUCCAGCCCCAAGCGAGCUCUUAUUUUUCACACUGAAGGAGUCUGGCGAAGUUGGCUUCAUUUCUCUCAGGGGAGCUCAGUCAUCUUACCUGACUUUGGUAGGGAGGAGUUCUCAACCUAACUCAGUCACAUACGACCCCAUCAAACAGGUAGGUGUCUUAACUGUUUGGCUUCACCCCUGUACACUGAUAUAAUCAAUAUGUGGACUUCAACUAAGUGAUCUCAUCCAAAAAAAAAUAACAAUAAUCAAAUAAAAUAUGUUAUGAGAAAACAAAUUUUAUUGUUAUCUAAUUUUUAAAAGUAUUAUAAGUGAGGGCCCUGUCAUUGAAAAAAAAAAAAAAAAAAAUUAAAUAAAAGGGAAAAAAAAAAAAAAAAAAAAAAAAAAAAAAAAAAACCCCAAAAAUCACCCACUGUAAAAAGGNAAAAAAAAAAACAAUAAUCAAAAAAAAUAUGUUAUAAGAAAACAAAUUUUAUUGUUAUCUAAUUUUUAAAAGUAUUAUAAGUGAGGGCCCUGCCAUUGAAAAAAAAAAAAAAAAAAAUUAAAUUAAAGGUUGGUUGGUCAAUGUUUUCUUAAAGAGUUGUCAAACUUGUCAUGAUUGUUGAUGUUACUAUGGCAACCAGGUUGUUUACUGGAGUGACUUGGAGGAGGGUGUCAUAUACCAAUCUAACCUGGCUGGCUCCGGGGACAAGGAG